AUUAAAGUUUGAGUCGUUUGAAUUUUAAAUUAUUCGUUGAUUCAGACAAAUAGAAAUCACCAGUCCCUUUCCAAUGAUCGUAAAUUGAAAAAAAAUGCGGCAAACUACUCGGAUACUCCACACAAAAUCUUACGAACGACCACACCAGCUGAUUUAACCUAAAAAAACGUUCCGUACCGUCUCUAACCUGUACAAUCAAAACUCGCGCUUGACAUCGUUCUCGUCCAAAUCACCAUGUAAACAAAACAAACAACUAACCUCCACCUCCAAGUGUCAGAUUGAGUUUUUUUAUUUUAUUUUAUAGAUUUCCAUUUUUUAACCGUUCAUCCACUCAAAUCACAGUGCAAUUCCUCUCCGAGCGAUACUCGGAUCGCCCAGCACCCAUGACACCCCCAAUCCAGGAUCCAGGUUGAAAAGCCGCGAGGUAGAGAUGUGCACCGACAUCGCACCGUCCAACGCCUCAGCAUCCAUCAGCGACGUCUCGAGCGACCGCAGUGGAGCCUCGGGGAGCAACCAGAGUCGCACCUCUUCCGGCAGCAACUACGGUCGCAGCGACCGAAGUUGCAGCAACCAAAGUCACAGCAACCGAAGUCGCUUUUCCUCCGACAACGCCGGCGUCUUCCACGAGGACUACCAACGUCUUUGCCAACGGCACAAGCGACAACCGCUCAACUUCUUCAAGCUGGACCCCCGGAACGACAAGUACAAGCUGCGACUCUGCGCGGACAAGAUCGUUUUCAUGGACUGGGAACUGGUGAUUGGUGCGCUGCGACACGACACCACCCUCUCGUUCGUCAGCGUGUCGAAUCGUCGCGUCGGAAUACUCAACUUCGGGGGUUUUGACAGUGUGGACACGCGGGAGAAAGCGCGGAAGUUCGACCGUCUGCCUGUGAUCCUUACGCGGUUUAUGAUGCUCAAGUUUGUCGGUGCCGUCGCUCAGUGUCUGAGCAAGUCAGGAGCAUUGUGCGAGCUGCGCUUGGAAGGGCUGCCGCUGCGGGCUGACUACGUGGGGCUCCUGUGCAAGGGACUGUACCGAAACCCGAGUCUAUCGCGGCUGGCGCUUCCGCACUGCACUCUGGGCGACGGGGGCUGCGAGGAGCUGUGCAAGGCGCUCAAACACCUGCCCAACGUCAAAGUGCUCGACCUUACGGCGUGCGGCUUGAGUUCCUGUGCCAGCGUCGUCCAACUCAUCAAGUUUCAACAGCUCUGGCGCACCGGCCAGUGCUGGGAGCAAGGUCUCCGAUCGCAGGAGCUCGACCCCGAAUCCAUCCCUGGGCUUCGGCGAGUGAGCCUCAACCACAACCCCAUCGGCGACGAGGGCACCCUCCAGCUCAUCGACUCCCUCGCCGACGACAACUUCAUCAAAGCCGUCGACCUGCAGGACUGCCGCCUCACCGAGCGCAUCGUCCCCGACCUCCUGGAGCUCGUCGAGGCCAACAACCAGCUCCUCGUCUUCGACGUCCGCCACAACGAGCUCGGCGACGCCGCCCUCCGCCGCAUCGUCGCCCGCUUCCAGGAGGGUCGCGCCCCCUCGCGCCAGUGGCGCUGGCUCCGCGCCGACCCCGGCGGCACCCUCGUCUGGUACCCCUCCGGCAAGUCCCUCCGGAAGACCGCGUCCAGCCAUCUGGAGAUAAGUCUCUCGGCCUCGACAGAUGUGACCUCCAGAGCCCAAAGCGCCUUGGAGCUCACGCAGUCUCGCGUGUGGAGACAGAUGAUCGUCGGUGAUACCGAACAGUGCGGGUUGCAUAACCACAUGAAUAUGCAGUGCGGGUUGCAUAACAAUACGAAUAUGCAGUGCGGGUUGCAUAGCGAUACGAAGAUGCAGUGCGGGUUGCAUAACAAUACGCGGAUGCAGUGCCCGUCGACGGAGCAAGGUUUGAGUGCCCCAGCAGUCCUCCAGAUGGCACUGGGGAGGCUUUUGGAGUUCGCCACGGCAGCCGAAAGUGUUGUGGGGCCCCUGGAGAGGACGGUGGAGUGCCACUGCGGUCGCGCUCCUGAGAACGUCUCGCUCGACGAGAAAAAAGGCCCUGUGGACCCUGGAGCACGUUCGGACGCGGAUUUGGACAGUUUGAUCACGCUCGACAGGAUAAAUGCCACGGUUCACAACCAAACCAGUUUGACAAACACCCGGACCACUGGCCUUGGAAUCGUCUGCCCUUUGCACCCGAACGGUUUAACGACGGAUGAAACUAGUUUGAAGGAGCCUCCUCCGAUCGGUUCCUUGGGUGCAGUUUCGGUGGCCGAUAGCGUGACGCAGACGAUAUCGGACGACGGAAUGGAAGGUCAAACUAGUUUGAAGAGUUUGAUGAGAUGGCACGCGGAAGAGGGGACCGGACUGAUCAGAGGCAGCGAUGAGAGUAUCCUACACGCCGUAUUCUUGGGCCGAAAACGAACCAAUAGGUCCGUUACCGAUUCGUCAAAUUCGAACUGCACCGUCAACAGUUCGAGCAACGAGAGCGAUUCGUCCGGUUCUUCAAACUCGCGGUCCACGAGCACUUCGACGAAUUUGAGCUCCUCCAGGGCCACCUUCGUCCGGCUCUUGCUCAAAAACAAUAAUUUGACGUCAAACUCGCAGGUCUCGAGUUGCAACCGAGUAACGACACAGAACGAGAGCAAUGGUACAUUGUUAACAGCAGUAUCGUGAUCGACAAUUAGUUCAGUUAGUUAGUUCAUUAUUUUUCGGCGAUUAAAAAGAUGUCAAUUUCAUAACAUGUUUAAUGAAUACGUCAUUCAAACAAGAGGAGAACGCAGAACUCAGUUCAUGACCGUGACUAAAUCUUCCAUGACAGUAAGGGUGCGAAAACUUUCUUUGCAGUUGUAAUUAAUUCUGAAACAAUAUACUUUUAGUUAACUAUGUGGUGAAAUAUUACUCAAUUAAAGCUUCUCUCGAAAUUUCAACGAAAAGUA